AUGGCACGGGAUGAGGAUAGGAAGACUCCAUUAGAUGAAGCUAAAAACCGAGAGACUCGACGUGCCAUGAAGGACGCGGUGCGAGAGAAGUCGUACCACGAGUUGCUGCAGAAGUCUGGCGGAGUGAAGGUCAACAGGUGUAAGGUGUUCGUGUUUGGGAUGGCGGAAACUGGGAAGUCUACGCUGAAGAAAAGCCUAAGAAGGGGCCCCGUGUCUGCACUGUUCCAAGGACUGAGUAAGUCGUCAUCACAGGAGGAGCCUCACGACCCCACCCCAGGGGUGGAUGUUGGGACGUUCCAUAUUCCAGGGGUGGGGGAGGUCAGCCUGUGGGAUUUUGCUGGGCAGGCGGAGUACGCGGUAACCCACAGUAUGUUCAUGGAUGCAGAGAAUACCGUCUUCAUUGUGCUGUACAACAUCAUGGACGACAGCGAGGAGCAAGAACGACAGGUCCACUGGUGGCUGAGUUUCAUCAAGUCCUGCAACCCAAACCGGCAGCCUGACGUCAUCUUAGUGGCCAGCCAUGCGGACAAAGUGUCACGAGACAGAGGACAACGGCAAGCCACUCAUCUUCUGCAGCUGAUGACGUCAGAGUUCAAAGAUCACCUUCGCAUCUCAGACGAAGUCUUCCUGAUGAACUGUAAGGAGACCCGAACAGCUGACAUGGACCGACUCAAGAAACUGCUGACCAAGUUGAAUAAGGCCAUGUUAGAGCACCAGCAGCAGAUGCCCAAACUGUGCGCCGAAAUCACCAAGCAGCUGCCCAGCUGGUGCCAGAAGAAGUGCAGCCCGAAGUGCCCUGUACUGAGGUGGCCAGGCUACGUGGAAGCAGUCAAAGAGAUUGACCCACAUGUGGAGGAGGAAUUCCUGCUGAAAUCUACAAGAUUUCUGGACCAUCUGGGGGAGGCAAUCUUCUCCUGUCCGAAAAGUAUCGAUCCCAUCAUUGUCCUGAAGCCCAACUGGCUCUGCACAGACGUCAUCGGCCCAAUGAUGGCACCAGUCAACUUCCCCAUUCCCCGCCCGGAGAGAACAAGCGAAGACUACGUCACCAGGGCGGAGAUCCAGCGCGUCUUCCAAGACGUUGCUGACGUGGAUCUCCUCAUCACCCUGCUGCAAGAGUUCCAGCUCUGCCACUCCUAUGACGGACAGACCUUCAUCUUCCCAGGGCUGCUGACACAAACCAUGCCUCCUGACAAGUGGCAACUCACACAAGAACCAAAUGUGGUCUACUUUGGGAAGCAAGUCCAGUGUGCCGACUCAACUGACAUGUUCUCCUCCGGGUUCUUCCCCCGAGUGCAGACCCGCCUGAUGAGGGAGCUGGAGAAUCCCCCGCUGCUGUGGAGAGAUGGCGCCAAGUGUGCGGACAGGAAUGUGGAAGGUUUAAUCAAACUCUCUCCGGACGGCCGUGCAGUCAACAUCUGUGUGCGGAGUGCUCAGGGUGACAAGGUGCAGUGUGGCAAGAUGCUGCAGCAGCUGGAGAACAUCAUCGCUGAUGUGCUGGAUGAGUGCAGCCCAGGAACAGGCACAGUAGAGAAGGUGCUCAGCGCCCGUGCACUGAAGGAACACAUGGAGGAAUUCUACUCCUACGGCAAGGAGGAGAUCAGCGAGGCAGCAGUAGAGGGCGGUACAAUCGUCCAUCCCACCCUCGGGUUCACGGAACGGGUCAGUGACCUGCUUUGUGUAGAGGAAGAGGACCCGAGGCUUCAGGGCUUAGUUAACUACUAUGAUACAGUCAUCAACGAAGCCAGUAACGAUUGGGAUUUGCUGGCACUGAAGCUGGGUUUCAACGAUAACGAGAUAGGUGUGAUCCGAGACUUGGAGCGUGACCAGGACAGCAGGUGCAGGGAAAUGCUGACCAGGUGGAAAGACAGGGAGGGAAGGGAAGCUACUCUACAGGUUCUGAAGGAAGCACUCAAAGAGAUUGGCCAAGUUCGGGUAGCAGAGAUCUUAGAUGUUGAUGUGAAGGACUACUUUGAUACUGUCAUCAAAGAAGCCAGUAACGAUUGGGAUGAGCUGGCACUGGAGCUGGGUUUCAACUAUAACGAGAUAGGUGUCAUCCGAGACUUGAAGCCAGACCAGGACCGCAGGUGCAGGGAAAUGCUGCACAGGUGGAGAAACAGGGAGGGAAGUGGCGCUACUCCGCAGGUUCUGAAGCAGGCACUCAUCGAGAUUGACCAAGGCCGGGUAGCAGAACGCUUCACGCUGGGCCAGGUUAGCGGAUACAAACAACACCAGAGACUCCGGGAACAGCUGCCUGAUCCACAAUGGCUGCAGCGGUCGGCUGGUCUCGCCAAUGUAUGUGCUGUUGCAGGUCGUGAGGAGAUGGACCUAGAUACGUUCUACCGAGCUGUGCAGGAAGGAGACGUGCAGACUGUGAGGAGGGGGCUGGAGGCUGGGGUGGACGUCAAUGUCAAGAGGAAGUGGAAGGGCUGGCCUGACAAAUCGGCGUUGCACCUGGCCUGUUGGCGUGGUCAGACUGAGGUGGCAGAGCUGUUGAUUAAACAUGGAUCCGACCUGGAGGCUAUAAACGUUCUUAACGAAACACCCCUCCACGAUGCUGCUCGCUGGGGCCACACCGACACGUGUGAGCUGCUGAUUGGCUCUGGUGCUAACAUUGAGAAUCGAGAGAAGCAGGUGACGCAAGAAAAGAAGUACCACGAGUUGCUGCAGAAGUCUGGCGGAGUGAAAGUUAACAGGUGUAAGGUGGUCUUGGGUGGGAGGGAGAACGCAGGGAAAUCUACUCUGAAAGCAAGUUUUACAAAGCGCCCAGUGAUCGCCAGAUUGGGAAGUCUUGGUAAGAUGUCGUCAGUCGAGGAGCCUUACGACCCCACCCCAGGGGUGGAUGUUGGGAACGUCAGCAUUCCGGGAGUGGGACAGGUCAGCCUGUGGGAUUUUGCUGGGCAGGCGGAGUACGCGGUGACCCACAGUAUGUUCAUGGACGCCAGGUACACUAUCUUCAUCGUGCUGUACAACAUCAUGGACGACAGCGAGGAACAAGAACGACAGCUUCACUGGUGGCUGAGUUUCAUCAAGUCCUGCAACCCAAACCGACAGCCUGACGUCAUCCUGGUGGCCAGCCAUGCAGAUCAAUUGCAAGUACGAGACAGAGGACAACGCCAAGCUGCCCAUCUUCUGCACUUGAUGACGUCAGAGUUCAAAGAUCACCUCCACAUCUCAGACGAAGUCUUCCUGAUGAACUGUAAGGAGACCCUAACACCUGAGAUGGACCGGCUCAAGAAACUGCUGGCCAGUAUGAGGACGGAAAUGUUUGAGCGCCAACGCCAGAUGCCUAAAUUGUGUGGUGAAAUCACCAAGCAUCUGUUCAGCUGUUGUAAGAAGAAGUGCAGCCCGAAGUGUCCUGUACUGAGGUGGCCAGACUACGUGGAAGCAGUCAAAGAGAUCGACCCACAUGUGGACGAGGAAUUCCUGCUGAAAUCUACAAGACACCUACACCGUCUGGGGGAGGUCAUCUUCUCCUGUCCCAGUGCUUCUGAUCCCAUCAUUGUCCUGAAGCCCAACUGGCUCUGCACAGACGUCAUCGGCCCAAUGAUGGCACCAGUCAACUUCCCCAUUCCCCGCCCGGAGAGAACAAGCGAAGACUACGUCACCAGGGCGGAGAUCCAGCGCGUCUUCCAAGACGUUGCUGACGUGGAUCUCCUCAUCACCCUGCUGCAAGAGUUCCAGCUCUGCCACUCCUAUGACGGACAGACCUUCAUCUUCCCAGGGCUGCUGACACAAACCAUGCCUCCUGACAAGUGGCAACCAACACUUGAGCCAAAGGUGGUCUACUUUGGGAAGCAAGUCCAGUGUGCCGACUCAACUGACAUGUUCUCCUCCGGGUUCUUCCCCCGAGUGCAGAUCCGCCUGAUGAGGGAGCUGGAGAAUCGCCCGCUGCUGUGGAGAGAUGGCGCCAAGUGUGCGGACAGGAAUGUGGAAGGUCUGAUCAAACUCUCUCCGGACGGCCGUACAGUCAACAUCUGUGUCCGGAGUGCGCAGGGUGACAAGGUGCAGUGUGGCAAGAUGCUGCAGCAGCUGGAGAACACCAUCGCUGAUGUGCUGGAUGAGUGCAGCCCAGGAACAGGCACAGUCGAGAAGGUGCUCAGCGCUCGUGCCCUGAAGGAACACAUGGGGGAAUUCUACUCCUAUGGCAAGGAGGAGAUCAGCAAGGCAGCAGCAGAGGGCGGUACAAUCCUCCAUCCCACCCUCGGGUACACGGAACAGGUCAGUGACCUGCUUUGUGGAGAGGAUGAGGACCCGAGGCUUCAGGGCUUAGUUAACUACUUUGAUGCAGUCAUCAACGAAGCCAGUAACGAGUGGGAUGAGCUGGCACUGAAGCUGGGUUUCAACGAUAACGAGAUAGGUGUGAUCCGAGACUUGGAGCGUGACCAGGACAGCAGGUGCAGAGAGAUGCUGACCAGGUGGAAAGGCAGGGAGGGAAGGGAAGCUACUCUACAGGUUCUGAAGGAAGCACUCAAAGAGAUUGGCCACGUUCGGGUAGCAGAGAUCUUAGAUGUUGAUGUGAAGGACUACUUUGAUACUGUCAUCAAAGAAGCCAGUAACGAUUGGGAUGAGCUGGCACUGGAGCUGGGUUUCAACUAUAACGAGAUAGGUGUCAUCCGAGACUUGAAGCCAGACCAGGACCGCAGGUGCAGGGAAAUGCUGCACAGGUGGAGAAACAGGGAGGGAAGUGGCGCUACUCCGCAGGUUCUGAAGCAGGCACUCAUCGAGAUUGACCAAGGACGGGUAGCAGAAAGCUUCAUGGAGUAGCUGUACCUCCAAGAGGAAUCGGCACUGAUGGUCCGCCUGGCAGGAAGAAAUCAAGUUAAUUACAUGACAAUGGCUCCAUACCAGCAGAUAUCAGAGUAAGCGUCCAUCCAGCAUAAACCUACCGCAAGAGAAUACCGCAAGAGAAGCUGUUGUG